CCACCCACUUUGCAAUAAACGUUAAUGUCGACGUCGUCGUUGAAAUACUACAACUACGCGCCUUCUCUCUCUCGAUCUCUCGUACACACGCAAUGAAAAGAUCGAACUCACUGUUUGGUCGCCGGAACAGAAGCCCCGGCGGUGUUCUUACACCGGAUCGUUUUCCCCACUCCCCAAACUCCACUUACUCCUCAUCGUCGUCCCAGAAACCAACUUCCGGUCGAAACCCCGUUAAACUGGCCGCCAAAUCUGUUGCCGGAGUUUUUGUCGCUUGUUUUACUCCACCGGAGACCACAAGUUCCACGAACUUUCAUGAUCCUGAUACAUUCAAACCUCCUUCUGUAACACAGAAGAGUCGGAGCGAUGCACAUGAUUAUAAAAACCUGAUGGACAAAGGUAUGAAUUCAGUGUUCAAAUUGAUGUAAAUGACCAAGGCAGUUUAGGAUACUUAUAGAGGCAAAAAAAUCUCCUCUUUAUGAUUGUAUCAUCUCCUAUUUAGACUAUCUUGAAUCAUUUAAGUGCUGCUUAACUGCAUCCUAGGCGACUCGAUUCAAAACAUGAUGCCAUGCUUCUUGUCAAAUUGGCCCUAUUUAUACUUUGAGUCUUAAGGAGAUAGCGAGUAGUAAGACUUCCUAGGCCUAAUUUGGGAAUUUGUUGUUUUUCUAUGCAAUGGGCCAGAUGAGUGGGAAUGAGUUUUUAUUUCUUUCUUUCUUAGUUGUGUCAAAUGCUUCUGGUGCUGGUAGAGAGAGGAGACGUAGUUCAAGUUCAAACUAUGGUAUAUAUUCCAGUUCUAACAAUUCAACACAAAUGAGAGUGCCUGGGAGUGUAAAAUUCACCCUUGCAGAAAUAUACCAGGCCACAAGGAACUUUUCCCCCAGUUUCAAAAUUGGACAAGGUGGUUUUGGGACAGUCUACAAAGGUCGACUUGAAGAUGGAACCAUUGUUGCAGUUAAACGUGCUAAAAAGAGUGCAUAUGAUAAACAUUUGGGAGUGGAAUUUCAGAGUGAGGUCCAAACUUUGGCACAAGUGGAGCAUUUGAAUUUGGUUAAGUUCUAUGGGUAUUUGGAGCAUGAAGAUGAAAGAAUUGUUGUUGUGGAGUAUGUUCCCAAUGGCACGCUAAGAGAACACCUAGAUUGUACACAUGGCAAUGUUGUUGAUCUUGCAGCACGACUAGAUAUUGCAAUAGACGUGGCGCAUGCAAUUACAUAUCUGCAUACCUAUACAGAUCACCCUAUCAUCCACAGAGACAUCAAAUCUUCCAAUAUCCUCCUCACAAAUAACCUUCGAGCUAAGGUAGCUGACUUUGGUUUUGCCCGGUUGGCAGCUGACAGUGAUUCAGGUGCCACCCAUGUAUCUACCCAAGUUAAAGGAACUGCUGGCUACUUGGAUCCUGAAUACAUGAGAACCUACCAACUUACUGAGAAGAGUGAUGUUUAUUCCUUUGGUGUGUUACUCGUGGAACUAGUCACAGGCAGGCGCCCUAUUGAACCAAAAAGUGAACUUAAGGAGCGCAUAACUGCCCGAUGGGCUAUGAAGAAGUUUGCUCAUGGAGAUGCAAUUUUAAUCUUGGAUCCAAAGCUGGAAAGGACUGCUGCAAAUAGUUUGGCUCUAGAAAAAAUCCUUGAACUAGCCUCGCAAUGUUUAGCUCCUCAUCGACAGAAUAGGCCGACCAUGAAGAAGUGCGCAGAAAUUCUCUGGAGCAUCCGCAAGGAUUAUAGGGAACUGUCAGCUGCAGACAUUCAUUCCCUCUCCCUUCACUCCUAGAGGAACAUUUUAACAAGAGAAGAAUAGGCAAGUGAAUAUGAUUCAACUCAAGAAUACCCAUACUGGUUUUAUUACUCAUCCAUUUGAACAUAAGUGUUGAGCAGAGGAAAAACCGAUUGAGGUAAUUCGUAUCAGAGAACCAGGAAAACAUGCCGAAAGACAGAGAUAAAUGCAGCACUUCCUGAAAGAUGGCUUAUUGCAAGAUUUAGGAGGGAUUUUGUUCAUAAUUUUUGGCUUUUUUUUUUGUAUAGGAGAUUCAUUUGAGGAGAUUCAAGGAUGUUCUUGCCUCCUGAUUUUGUUGUGUUUAUGUUUACAGGGAUAUAUCCUGACUCUCGAGUCAGUGUCGCAAUAUUUCCAAAUUUCUAUUGACGUUGUUGGGUUUGUUAUUUUGCUAAAGGCAUCAUAUACAUUAUAUUGCUUCAUAAACC